AUGGCAGGACUAGCGACUCCUAACCCUACUGGUGGCACCGCCUCCGGCAUCACGACUGAGAGUGCUGGUGUGACAUACAAAGCGAAGAGCACCCUCACUGCUCAUAUGAUCGCGGAAUGCGAGGCUGUAUUCGCAAUCGCGAUCAAAACCCUGAACGAUGCCGACCCUACAAGUGGCCAGAUAGCUAGUUUCUGGCGUGGAACCUUCGACCGAUGGAACAGCAGUCGGCUACCUACUAUGCCUCGGUACAAGCAGCGCCAGAGCGCAGACUCGUCGGUUGAGGCCGGCACAUUCAGCUGUGAUCUUCCCCUGGGCAAGAGCGAGGAAGUCCAGGAGCAGCCCCUGGCAGGUUGCCCUGCGUUCGUCAAGGUUCACGUUGGUGGUCCAGCAAAGGCCUUGGGCUGGCUUUGGGUAGACUCGGCCAAUCAAACGGCCAGUACUGCCUACAUCGAUUUCUAUGAUGAUCAGCCUAUGCACGCCUAUACCCAGGAUGCGAUGAUCCAGUAUGACAAAGCCGAGUUGGCACGUCUGGCCCUAUGGAACUGCAAGCUGGCUAUCUAUAUGGUCCGUCGCCGGAUCAACCAUUGGACCAAGAACGGUUGUCCUUCUGCCGUCGGUGGAGAAGAUUCGCUCAUGGCGAAGAUGGAGCAGAUUGUCUUGUGCCGCGAAUUGCUGCCAGUCUAUACAGCCCUUGCCCAGAACAUCCUGGAUACCGAUGACAGCGGAGGAAUUCCGGCCCCUGCCCCAACGUUCCCGGUUUCUUGGUAG